AGAUCCCGGAGCAGAAUCCCAGCCGCUCCCUGCCGGUGCUGUGUCUCCUGCAGAAGAGGCAGGAGCUGAUGGAUGUGGACCAGGGCCUGCGGGCCCAGAAGGAGGCGUUCCAGACCAGGAUGGUGGUCCUGAUGCAGCGCCGGGAGCAGUUGGAACAGAAGAAGCAGGAGCUGAAGGGGGCGUUCCUCCGCUUUGACAAGUUCUUGCAGGACGCCGAGGCCCGAAGGAGCCGCGCGGCGCGGAGGGUGGCGGAGGCGCGGCAAGGCGCGGGCCGCCAGGAGGCCGAGGCGCAGCGGCUGCGGGCGCAGCUGGAGGCUCUGCGGCGGGAGCGCGCGCCGCUGCGGCGCAGACUGGAGCGCCUGGGGCCGGGCGCGCGCCUGCUGGAGCGGGUGCUGGGGCAGCUGCCGGAGUUCCAGGAGGUGCCCGAGCUGGUGGCGCGCUUCGGCGCCCUGGCGGACACGCUGGCGGCGCUGCGGCUGCGGGAGCACGAGCUGCGGGCGCAGCUGGAGGAGGCGCGCGCGCGGCUGCGGCGGCUGCGGGACGCCCGGCGGGACGAGCUGCUCCGGCGGGGCCAGCAGCGCGCGCAGCUGCUGGGGCGCCUGGAGGCGGCGCGGGAGCACGCGGUGCACUGGGAAUCCCAGUGGGCUCAGAUCCAGAACACGGCGGCCGAGAAGACGCUGCUCCUGGGCCGCGUGAGGAUGGCGGCGCUCAACCUGUACCAGUUAGUGUGCCAGCACCAGAGGCAGCCGCCUGCCCUGGCCAUGGAGGACAGCGAGGGGCAGCUGGAGCAGGUGAAGCUGUUCCUCCUGGACCGCUCUGCCUUGCUGGCCAGCCUCCCCCGGAGUGAGCCCGAGACCCCGGCCACCUAGCCCGACCCUGGUGAGUAGUGGGACCCCCUCAGGGGCUUCUCCUCCCGGGGAGAAGGUGCACAUUUCCUGCGGGUGGGGCAGAGUGGCUCUCCCCUGGAGAUGGGAGGGCCGUGCCCGCUCAGAUGGCGGUGGGACAUGAGGGGCACACAGCAAGCACUCAGAACAUGUGGCCGACAGGGGGCACCCACCCACACCCAGCACCUGGCCCGGGGCCGGGUUCUUCCUCCAGGGCCGUUGGGGGCAUUAAACAAGCAGGUUUUGUCAGGUGCAGGUCAUGGGGCCAGGUGCAAAUGCUGGUAAAUUCCAGGCGUGUUGGGUUAAGUCAAGUAAAAUCAAUAGGUCCGGCAAGAGGGUCUCAGGAGCCGAAACCCACUCUCAGGACACCUGCUCCCAAGGCCCCUCCCCCGGCUUGAUAUGCAGCUGCUGGAGGCUGCCCGGGACCUUCCCAGGACCCUGCAGGGCCUCAGAGCACAGGCCUCGGGCAGGACAGGCCUGGCCAGGCACUUCCUGCUUGGUGUGUGGAGGGGCAGGGUUAACCCCUGCACAGCCAGAGGAGCAGCUGUGCCCCU